AUGGAUAUCUUCAUGGAUGAGGAUUUCAGUGGCACCAGUAACAUCACCCAUGAGGCAGGACGAGAAAGACUAGAGGGCAACGCAAGUCAAAGACUUAACCACAGCAACGCCCUGGGCAUGUUUUUAGGCAUGGAGCUUCUUCUAAGUUUCAAACCUCUCUUCCUGCCUCUCUACUGCCUCUUAGUGGCUGUAGCUGGUGUUGGCAACUCCUUCUUGUUGGCCUGCAUCUUGGCUGACAAAAAGCUCCACAACGCCACCAACAUUUUCAUUGGUAACCUCGCGGCUGGUGACCUUUUGAUGUGUCUAAGUUGUGUACCACUGACGGCGUCUUACGCCUUUGACAGCCGCGGCUGGGCAUUUGGACAGCCUCUCUGCCACCUGGUCCCCUUGCUGCAAUGUGCCACGGUCUUUGCAUCAGCGCUUUCCCUCACUGCCAUCGCUGUGGACCGCUACAUUGUUGUCGCUCACCCAAUACGGAGGAGGAUCUCAGUGUGGGGUUGUGGGGCAGUAGUUCUGGGUGUCUGGCUGAUAUCUCUGGCUCUGGCAGCCCCUCCAUCCCUCAAUACACGCUAUUUGGACCUACGGCCCAAUGGCGUUAAUCUAGUAGUGUGUGAGGAAUUCUGGCCACAUAGAGGUCAACUGCGGCUGCUCUACUCCUGCUUUAUUCUUAUUGUCUCCUACAUGAUCCCUCUGCUGUCUGUCAGUAUAUCCUACUGUGCCAUCACUAUCACCCUGAAACGCCAUGCUCUGCCUCGGGAGGGAUCCCAAAGCCAGCAGCGCUGGAGCCAGAGGAGGAAGAGGACAUUCUCCCUGCUGGUGGCCUCUGUGCUGGCCUUUGCCCUGUGUUGGCUGCCCUUGCAGGUGCUGAACCUGUUGCUGGACCUAGACCCAGACUUCCACAUCAUAGGGAAGCGUUAUGUGAAUGUCUUGCAAGUCUGCUGUCAUUUAGUGGCUAUGAGCUCUGCCUGUUACAACCCUUUUAUCUACGCCUCACUGCAUAGUAAGGUCCGCAUGCACCUGAAAGGCUACCUCUGCCCCUGUCGCAGUCAUUAA